AUGAGGUUGUUGGCAGCACGCCCAGCGCGCCCUCGACCAAGGGUGCAGCACAGGAAGGCUUCCUUGAGUUGCAUACGGACCCUAUAUGUUGAUGGAAGGGCGCGUCUGUCGAACGAGUGGGCUCCAUCAGGUGGAAUAGCUGCCAGCUCAGAAGAAGAUGCUCACGCCAAGCUCGUUCGCGCUGGCUUCAUCCGGCAGUCUCAUUCCGGCAUCUUCCAACUCCUGCCUCUGGGGUUGAGAGUCCAAGACAAAAUUACUCGACUCGUUGAUCGCUAUAUGCGAGGAUUAGGGGCAUCUCGGGUUCAACUUUCGGCAAUAUCAUCUGAGUCCCUCUGGGAACAGAGUGGCCGUCUGAACAAGAUUGGGUCGGAACUUUUCCGCUUCACGGAUCGGAAAGAAGGCCGCUUCUUACUUGGCCCUACUCAUGAAGAAGAGAUUACGUCGAUAGUAGCGCGCUCUGUGCAGUCCUACAAGAAUCUGCCCCUGAGGCUUUACCAAAUAACGCAGAAAUACAGGGAUGAGCUUCGCCCUCGCCAUGGUCUUUUACGCGGUCGAGACUUUUGUAUGAAAGAUCUCUACACCUUCGAUUACUCCCUCGGAGCUGCACUAGAGACGUACGAAAGCGUACGUGGUGCGUACUCGCAGAUUUUUAUCAACGAAAUGAAGCUCCCGGUCCUCGUUGCGGAGGCAAGCUCUGGUGAUAUGGGCGGCGAUUUGAGCCACGAAUAUCACAUCCCCACUGAGCUCGGCGAGGACCAUGUCAUGAGCUGCAACAGUUGCGACUAUGUCGCCAACGAGGAAGUUGCUCAGAGUCGACGGGUGGAGGCCUCAGACAACGCCAGUCCGGACGAAGUCAACGUCUGGCGGGGUAUAACCAAGGACCGAAGGACGUUCGUGAAUGUCUGGUACAUCGCCGAUGAGGCUUUUCAACAUUCGGUCAACACACAUGCCCUCAAGCAACUCGUUCCCGACCUCGAUGCGGGUCUUGAGGAUGCGGUACCUCUAUGGACAGCCGCCUUGGAGGAGUCUGUGGUCAAUAUGAAGCUGGUCAAUCUAUUCGAUGCUAGGGUGCCGGGCAAGGCGAGACAUGACAUCCACAAUAGCAAGCGGUUUGUGCCAGCUGAGUUGAAGAAGUAUAUGGGCAGGAUCGCCUACGCGAAGCACAGCCGCGCCAGCGAGAACUUGAACCUAAUGCGCAUCCAGGACGGCGACGGCUGUCCCCGCUGCAAUCACGGCACACUCAAGGUGCAGAAAGCCAUCGAGCUGGGCCAUACUUUCCACCUAGGAACGAGGUACUCGAAACCAAUGAACGCUUUGGCUAGCCUGCCGAUCGAUGCAGCGCCGUCAACAACGACGUCGACAAAGCCUGCCUCGUCCACGUUCCCAGAGAACACACAAGUCCUCAUGCAAAUGGGAUGCCAUGGAAUAGGCAUUUCGCGCAUCAUCGGCGCCGUCGCGAACCAUCUUGCGGAUGAGAGAGGGUUGAACUGGCCGCGCGUAAUCGCGCCGUAUGAGGUCGUCGUUGUGUUCAACUCUAGUGACGACGCUACUGCAGCAGAUGCCGGUAUGGUCUAUGACAUGAUGAGGGGAGUCACCGCCGAACCAAGCCAGGGUCAAGAGUCGAAGCCACCACUGGAUGCCAUAUUGGACGAUCGCGACGAUUUAUCCAUGGGCUGGAAGCUCAAGGAUGCGGACCUCGUGGGCUACCCAGUCAUGGUUGUGUUGGGUAGGGAGUGGAAGGCUUCGAGGCGGGCAGAAGUGCAGUGCAGGAGGCUUGGUUACAAGGAGCUGCUGCCGGUAGAAGAUCUGAGAGGCUGCGUGGAGAACCUGCUGCAGGAGUUAUAGUACCUGAAGCGAUGGGACCGAGGUGGUAAAAUGUAGUCGGUCAAUCUGCUCGCGUGGCUCGGAUAAUAACGCAAGGAACUUGCUCGGAUCUAUCGGGUAAGGGCUGGAUCGUACAUGUGAGAAGGUGUGGCCAUGCACGGACAUGAAAAGCCUCGCUGACACAAAUCAGCUGGGGCGGUGUUUUUGGGGAGAUUGGUUGUUGGUGUUUACCACAGACGUCUCACGGCACACUUUCCCUGCAGUGAAAUCCGAGGUGAUUGGAUGAGGUGGCAGGGGUCGGGCCCCGAGGACGGGGGAUGGCUCCACAAGUACUAUGGUAUCUUCUCAGUAGCUUAUGCCAUGCUCAGGCCCACGACAGAAGACAAAGAUCGUAGGUAACUUAACUUACUCAAGG